AUGUCGGAUGAAACAAGCAAUGAUAAUAAUAAUACUGAUAAAAGCAGUUCAAAUGGAAGUGAUGAUAAUAAACAAGCAAAAAGUAGAAGAGCAAAGAAAAAUUUUAUUGUUAUAUGUUUAACAUUUGUUUUGAUUUAUACACCUUAUAAUGCUGUGACAAAUUUACAAUCAAGUAUUAAUAUCGAUAAAAAUAUUGGCCUUUACUCUUUGGCUGUUAUAUCGGUUUGUUCCGUGGUAUCUUGUCUAUUUUUAACUCAUCCAUUUAUAUCUAUAUUUGGUUAUAAAUGGUCAAUAUUUAUUUCACAAGUUGGAUUUUUACUAUUCAUUGUGGCCAAUAUCUACCCUAAAGCAUCGUUUAUGUUUCCAAGUAAGAGUGUAUUAUAA